ACCAAAGCCAUAAGAAUAAGAUUAUUAAGACCAAACCCAAGCAAUGAUUUUCCGAGACAUGAGUACUCUUAUAAUUGUUUUUCUUCUAGCUCUCAUUCCUCAUAUUGUAAAAAGUGAAGAAAUAAGUUUUGAUCAAAAUUACCAGGUCACAUGGGGUGGCACUCAUGUUGUGUCCUUAAACCAAGGGAAAGAAAUUCAGCUCAUGAUGGAUAGCUCAUCAGGAUCCGGUUUUGGAUCCAAGGCGUCUUACAGCUCUGGAUUUUUUCAUAUGAGGAUCAAAGUACCGGGCACGAAUUCUGCAGGAGUUGUCACUGCUUAUUAUUUGACUUCACAAGGAAAUGGUCACGACGAGUUAGACUUUGAAUUCUUAGGUAAUAGGGAAGGAAAGCCAUACACAUUACAGACCAAUGUAUUUGCUGAUGGUGAAGGAAAUAGGGAACAACGACAUUUCCUUUGGUUUGACCCUACAACAAAUUUUCACGAUUACAAAAUUCUUUGGAACCAACAUCAAAUUGUAUUCUACGUAGACAAUAUCCCCAUUAGGGUAUAUAAGAACAAAAGCAAUGUUGGAGUGGGCUAUCCAUCAAAGCCUAUGCAAAUACAAGUAAGUUUGUGGAACGGGGACAAUUGGGCAACGGAUGGAGGCCAAACCAAAACCGAUUGGAGUUACUCACCAUUCAAAGCAAACUUCCAAGGAUUUGAUAUCAGUGGUUGUGAAAUUCAAAGCAUAAAUGAUCAACAUUGCACUUCAGAGAGCUACUGGUGGAAUAGCCAAAAGUUUUGGCAAUUGGAUCCUGUCCAACAAAAACUAUAUGAAAAUGUAAAGCAAAAGUAUACAACGUAUGAUUACUGUACUGAUAGGCAAAGGCACCCUACAACUCCCUUGGAAUGCUAGUACUGAAUUAGAUUAAUCAACCCCUAGUAAACAUGAACUGCAUAAGGCUAUACUGCCAUGGAAUUCAACUGCCUUGUAUAGAGGGUUAUUAAUAUAGAGAUGCAUCUAGGACAAAAAUAAGGUUUCUUAAUAAGGUUUGGUUAUUUUAU